AACAAACUGGCAGCACUCAUCUAUGACAUUACCACAGACCAGAAGUUUGAUAUUGUUAUUAUGGUCAUCAUUAUCCUCAACAUGCUGACUAUGAUGUUUGAGCACAAUGGGAUGCCGGCCCAGCUGAAGGAAAUUCUCCAUAUCUUCAAUCUCAUCUUUAUUACCAUUUUCACUGCGGAAUGUGUGUUGAAGCUGAUUGGUCUGCGAUGGUACUACUUCAAAGUUCCUUGGAAUGUCUUCGACUUUAUUGUGGUUGUCUUAUCUAUUUUAG